UCUAACGCCAUCCGGCCCAAGUGGUUAUCCGGCGACCGAAAGUGACAGUGAGUCAUUCGCUGACUGGUUGUUGGUUGUUAAAGAAGUCAAUGGCCUCAUUUGGUUGUUAGUGUUUAGUGAUCGUAGUGAAAUAAAUAUUUCGAUUUUGAAAUGGAAGCGGACGUUCUGAACGCGCUGAAUACCCAGACGGCGUACCUGCCGGGUGGGCGGGAUCGUGAUGCACAUCCGUUGAUCGUGAUCCCCGUUCCGUUCUACGACAGUCUGCCAUGGAUGAAGGGCUUUCUGGAGACUACCGUCAAGUACAUACUGUCUACAUUGAGCUCCGAAACCAUCGCAGCAGGCUUCACCGUCAUCCUAGACGCGCAAAAGUGCUCCUGGCGAUCGGCUCGCCAGUACAUUCGGCAUGCCCAGUCACUGCUCGAACCGAACCUGGACAGUUUCCUGGUAAUCCGGCCGGAUGCCUUUUGGGAGAAAAAUCGGGUGGAAAAUUGCACCCGGCAGCACCGUCAAGGCGAGCCGACCGUCAUCUCCAAAUCUCGUCUCAUCAAGUACUUUGAGUUGAGCGAACUCCCCGAGGAGCUGGGUGGAACUGGGAGCUACAACCACGACCAGUGGAUACAGAACCGGCUGCGCAUCGAGGAAUUCCGAAAAUCCUACGAUAAAGCGAUCGGUGACCUAGAAAACCUGCAUCGGCUGCUGCUGGACAACCGGACGGUGCGGGCGAGUGAGUCGGAAGCGGCACUCAAAUCCUGUCGGCAGCUCAACCAAGACGUGCAGAAAUUUCUCGCCUUCAUCAUGGACGGUGGCAACAAACUGAUCGCCCACAUCGGAGACCUGCAAAGUACAAAACCAUUCAUAUCGCAGGACCUGCUCGAUAGUCGAGAAUCGAUCCAGCAGAUGCUGAACACCGUCGAGCGGAAACAGUCCACACUAAAUAUGGCACUGCACGAACUGGAACGAAACGUCGAAGAACUACGGGAACUGGCAACCCUGGAGGAGGGCGUAGUAUACGUCACCAACUGGAUUCUAACCACGGCGGAAACGAUGCUGAACGCUCAGUUGAAGGUGGGUUAUGACGUGGCGACCGCGGAGAAGCUUCGCCUAGAACACGAAAUACUGGAACUGCAGUGUUGGAAAAGCUACGGUUUCUACGCGGAACUGAUCUACAAAAUUGACAACUUUCCAAAGAUGAAGGAAUCGGUGGCCUACAAAGAUCUACUGUCUCAGCGCGAAUGGAUGGAUUUCGUUUGUCGAAGUUUUGCGCAACGGUUGGAACGGCGGAGGAAUGUGUUGAUCACCUCGGUACGGUUCUAUCGGCUGGUGGCCGAGUAUUUCGACCGAACCAGCGAGGUGUUCCAGUCGUUGAUCAUGGGCGAUAAGGUGGAGGAUUUCGAUUUGGCUAAUUCGAAGCUGCAGAAGCUGAAGGAUAGUCAACAUACAUUGGACUCAGUCGAAAAAGAAAUCAUUAAGGAGGGCGAAAAACUAAGCGACAUCCUCUCGAUGCCGGUAAAGGACGCAGUUGGCCGGGAAGUAAACGUAGACUACAGCGAAGACAUUGCAAAUGUUCGGGACAUCCUCGACGCAACAAUUUCCCGAUCUCGGAUAUUCGUGGAAAGUGUUGAACUGCAAAAACUAACCCUGGAUCAAAUCACUCACAUCUACAAGUACGAAAUGGACGCGGAAACUGCACUCCAGUGGAUGAACGAUCUAUACAAAGUGAUGAUUCGAUCGCAUACCCACGUGGGGACGAACGUUUACGAAAUCCAAACGCAGAAGGACGAACAUCAAACGUUUCAGGAAACGGGGAAAGGUACCUACAACUACGGUUGCCAGCUGUUGAAUGCAUCGCUUGCCUUGCGGCAAUCCUGCAAGCUGGAAACGGAUCGGAACAUUGAAAUGACCAAGCACAUGCAGGAGACGUGGAAGCAAUUUCAAGCCGUCAGUCAGGAGCAGUUGACGCGGUUGAGGGUAUCGGCGGUGUUUCAUCGAAGUGUCGAGGAACACUGUACUAAGUUGUACGAACUGAAGGAUAAUGUGCUGCGGAUCGGGGAAAUUGAAGAAACUAACCGACGGAAGGUUAGACUGCGAAAGUGUCUGGGCAGCCGGGAACGGUUGCUGGUGGAGGUGGGCCGAAUGGUGCGGCUGGGAAGGUUGCUUAAAACGAGACUGAAAGAACCGUUUCUGUUGGAUGAUCGCGUCGAAACAAUGGCAACUCCGGAAAAUGUCCUAGCCGAGUCGGACAACAUAAUGGCUUGUGAAGCGAUUUCCGCACGUCUGGCUGAGGUUUCUCGGAUCGCCGAGUCUCUGGACAGUGUUCUGAGAGACGUACAGGGUGGAUUCGAUGAAGUGGACGAGGAAGUGAUCGGCGUUUCCGGCCAAGGAGAUCAAUCCAGCGGCUCGGACAAGAAGCUCGACGGCAGUAACCAUAGUGAUGAUUGGAGUUGCAGCAUGAAAUCUACCGACGAAUCGUUCGUCACGGCGUCCGAUUGCACCUGUACUCCCCAGUCGCGAUCCUCCUCGUACCACACUGCUUCGGAGUGUCGUGCAUCCCCCUGGUGGGGAGGAGAAUCAACCGAGCGUAGCUCCCUGGAUAAUGAUUCCUCCGAGGAUGCCGACCCGGAAGCGAUGCCUUCGAUUAAAUUACUCUCCGGGGUCGUCAUAACUGCUUCCACGGCUAAUCUAUCCUUCGAUGAAUCCGAGCAUAGCUUCCUUACGCCGACUUCCAGCAGCGAUCAAGCGGAUUCGGACGAUCCGCAGGUAGUUAACUCUCGCCAACAGUUAUCACCGGUAAUCAGUUCUGGAUCGAGCUCGGCGCUCAAUUCAAUCAACCGAAGGGAGAACUUAGCCCUGGCGCUGACCCCGGAAGAGUUAGAACAGAUCGAGAAUGAUAUCCGGAAUAAUAACGUCGUGGCGGAAAGUACGCCCAAGGUGGCCGCCAAACAUCAGCAUAGUUCACCGACUUCGAGCGAAGACAGCGGAAACAGCGGUGAAAGAUUGUACAUCAAAGUUGCUGACCUGCUGCCCAAGUUCACAUUUCUGGGACCCAGUCUGGACGAUGCGUUGAACCUUCAGCGGGAACACGAGCAGCUGCUGCGACAGAUUCAGAACCUACCGACACCGCUGGAAGAGUUCUACCACAAAGUACAGGAAAAAAUUUCAUCCAACCAACGACCCGAUCCGAUUCUGAUCGAAGAAAUGGCCGCCUCUCUCGGUCUGGUAUGGCAGGACGUCAAAAAGAUGCUCCAGGAGCGGCGAGACAUUAUUCUGCUGAAUGUCACCUUUUUCGAACGACUCGGCGAAUGCUACGGAAAAAUGAGCUCACUAGAAGUGGCCUGUAACGACACAAUGAUUCCGAUCGAAAUCGAGGCGGUCCAGGAGUUUCUGGAAUCCUUCAAAUCUCUUCGCACCGAAAUGCUCACCUCAAUCGCCAGUGCCUUAAAGGUAGGCAACCAGCUGCUGGACAGGCUCAGGGAGUUGGCUAACAUCGGUACGCUAGAUUCUCGACCCAACCACAUCAAACAGGACGCCCAGCAUGCCGUCAGUCAGGUGGAACGAUGGUUGGAAGAUCUAUCGAAUCGAAGGAACAAUCUCGAAUUGGCUUGGCAGUCCCGCAAGAAUCAGCUGGAACAGUGCCUCACCCUAGCGAUCCUCGCCAAAGAACUCACCGACAUCGAACACAGUCUGAAUAGUUCCAAAAAUUCAAAUCUCAGUUCCUUCACGUUGGGUGAUUCCUCUGAGCAGGCGCGAGAUUUGCUGGAAGUCUAUCAGAAUCUCAAACCGGAGGCUCUGUUGCUUCGCGAUAAAUCACUGAAAAUCACGAAAGCAACCGAAGAACUCGUUUCCACGGGAUGCUUCGCCGGCGAUGAAGCGUGCUCGAAAGCCUACAGUAUUCUCGCGGCUUGUACGGAGUUCCUGGACGAAAUCGACCAUCGUGAAAGUUUACUAGGUCAGUCCAGAGAAUUCUUCGGUCGAGCCGAGAACCUUCUGAACAAGCUAUCUCGAAUCGAAAUCGAACUCAGCAAUCUUCAAAUGCGACCAAGUUCACCAGCUGCCGCAACUUUGCCGGGUAAAGCCCUGCAGGAAGUUUCCGCAACAGUCGGGGACAUCCUCCAAUCCGGGUACUCACUGAUAGACGACGUCGGUCGAACUAAACCGGAAGUGGCCGGUGUUCAGGAAAUGGUCGAACGAAUAGAGCAGAAGAAGAUUGCCUUCGAACGGUACUGUCUGCAGCAAAGCGAACAGAAUUUACGGCUGACAGAGGCACUGAAUGAUUUCCUCGAACGGUACAAUCAGCUGUUCCGAUGGUUGGAAGAUACACGCCAGGAACAGAUCGUUCAGGGUGACAGUAUUCACGAGAUGGGAGGCAGCUUGGCCGAAGCGAAGGAAUGUUUGCUGUUGCAUCAUCAGCUCCUGAAUGAUUUGGAGAUCAAAGGCAACGAGAUAAACAACCUCCUGGUCCGGCUGACCCCGAGCUUGGAAUAUCUGGAGGACGAACAGCGCGAUGACGUCCAGCAGAAGAUCGACGUCAUCCGGCAGAAGUGGAUCGAGCUGAAAAACUACAUCAUCGCUCGGGUCGAUCUGCUAAAGCUGUACAUUCGAUUCCACCAAGAGGCCGAAACACUGCGCAAUCUGUUCGAAUCAUUCGAGAUCCAGAAGGCAACCUUCCGAAGCGUAGAGCACGAUAAGCCACUACUACAGGCCGCACUGGACAACAGUCGGCAGCAGUUGGGACAAUUGAAAUCGAUCGGAGAGCAGUGCAUCGAUGGGUUGGAGAAGGUCGCGGAUCCCUAUCUGCAGAAAGCUCGCGCAGCGCAGUGCGUCGAUCGGACGCUAACCGAGCUCAGCGCCCGUCAGUUGGCCAUCGGUGAUGAGUGGGAACGCUGGAACGCCCAGCAGCAAGCGGAAAAGAUCCUAAACGAUAUAAUGGCCGCCAACAUGGAGACUCUCGCAGAAGCCACCAAAUUGGAAGAACAGCUCUACCCAAUCUUCAACACCGCUUCGGACAAUCCGGCCGAUCUGAGUGCCUUCAUCGGAUCGAAGCUGAACCAGAUUCAGGCGGAUAUUCGAGCAGCGGAGAAUGAGCUGACGAAACGGUUCGAAACCAUCGAUCAGCUUGCAUCCACCGGGGCGGAAUCCGGCGAGAAGGUGGUUCAGGUGAAAAACAGUUUGAACUCGAUUAAAACCAAACUGCACACGAUCGCGGCUGACUUCCGGGAAUUGGCUUCUGUUGUUGAGCAUUUUCUCCGCUCUGUUUCGACCUGUCGCGAUAACAUCAAAGAUUAUUUCGCCCACAAGCAAACGGUUACCGGGCCGGAAAGUGUCGAAUCCAUCACCAAUAGCUACGAGCAGUUCAAGCAAAAUACGAUGGAGUACUUCCGGAACUUGCUGCAACAAAGUGAGCAGAUCAUCGAGCGAAUCAAAGCGCAGGAACCGCCUGGGGCGAAGGAACAGGAUACGGACAAAAUCAUUACACUGUUGGAGAAUCUGCGGACUUAUUUUGAAACGCAAACCGAGUCGGAAAAUUCGGAACUUCGGAAGCAGCAUGCGGUGAUUGCUUUUGAUAAGAGCCUGAAUGAAGUGCGGACGGAAAUCGGGGCCAAAGUGGAAACGUUGAACCAUGGUCGGGGAAAUUAUGGUGCGAAUGCGGAUGGAGCGAGAUGUAAUCUGGUGGUGAUCGAGAAGUUCGAAUCCGAGCUGCAGGAAUUAAGCUCUAAGAUCGACAACUUCGUCACUGCUUCACAAAGUCUCAGCAGCCAGUAUCCGGAAACAUCACCGUACGUACACUCAGAAGCCACCAAGAUUCGCAACGAGUGGGCCGAUCUGCUAAACAAGACUCAGGAGUACCGGCAGUUGACCACCGUGGCCAUCGAUUACUUCGAGCUGAUUUCCGUGGUGGAAAACAACUACCGCGAUCUGAACGCUGAUCUCAUCAACGCCAACAACAAGCUGUCGAUCUUGAACAACCCGGAUCUAGCUAACGAUCUAGUCCAGCAAAUCGAUAACAUCAUUAAAGCGUACGAGAGUCAACAGUUGGACACGCUAAAGCAGAUAUCCACACUAUCCUCACAGCUGUACGGCCAUGACAGCACCAUAGGACUGUACAACGACAACCUGAAGCUGUUCCAAACAUUCUACAAGAUCAAAAGCGAAAUAAACGAUCGCGCCAAAGAACUCACCGAACAACAGCAGCAACAAGAGACUCAACAGAAUGAGAUAACAACCGUCAAAACAACGACGCUCAGCAGUUUACCAAAGCAACCGUCAAUCGAGAUUCAAACCAUAGACGAAGCACAGUACCUUAAGGAACCACAGCCUCCUUUGGUGAUUCAAACCGUGGAAGAGUCUGUUCACGAACAAAUUCAUGAAAUUAUCACUGCCACCGAACCAGCGGCUUCGCUAACAAUUCCUCAACCCCUUUCGGACGUAACGGUCCAGGAAGGCCAGCGAGUCCAGUUGCAAUGUGUCAUCUUUGGUCAUCCACCACCAGCCAUCGAAUGGUUCAAAGAUGGGAUAAGCAUCCAAAAUAAUCCCGACUACAAAACCUCAUUCGAAAAUGGCCUCUGCGCACUAACCAUCGACGAAACGGUAACAGCCGAUUCGGCUGAGUUCCUGUGCAGAGCGAUCAACGAGGCCGGCAUCGCGGACACCGCUGGACGACUCACCGUCACCGAACUGGCACCGGUGCCACAGCCCCAAGGGCUGCCACCGGUUUUCGUUCAAAAACUCAACAAUAGCAGCGCCGUCGAAGGUCAACCGUUCCAAUAUUCCUGCACCGUCACAGGUAAUCCCCUGCCCGUGGUUCACUGGUACAAGAAUGACACAUGCAUAGACACUUCACCCGACUACAAGAUCUCGUUCGACCCGGCAAGUGGCGUGACGGUGCUUCGCUUCGAACAGGUGUUCCUCGAAGAUCAGGCCCGGUACACCUGCCGGGCGAGCAACGAGUGUGGCGCCGAUGAAACCGGGGCCGAACUGGCCGUUGAACCCCUGGAACCAACGGAGUAUCCAAGCUUCGCAGUCCCACUGUCCAACGUGAUGGCCCGCGUGGGCCAGAAAAUCAAACUGGAAGCCGAAGUCAGUGGCACUCCGCCGCCCGAGGUCAUGUGGAGCCACGAUGGAAAACAUUUCACCAACCGGGAAGUGAAGUUCUUCUACGAAAACGGCAGAGCGCAAUUGGUCAUAGACGAGGCAUUCCUGAAGGAUGCUGGUGUCUACACGCUAACUGCCAAGAAUAUCGCCGGUGAAAAGUCCUGCUCGUGUAAUGUUGUUGUGAAAGGUCGGCUCCCUCACGAAACGUCCGAUUCCGAAUUAGCCAGUGAUAUGGAACCAGUAAAACCGUCCGUCCAGCUCCAGCUCAAGGAUGUGGCAGUGUUCGAAGGAAAACCGGUCCGCCUGGAUUGCGUGAUCAUCGGUCAGCCGGAACCGGAAGUGAUCUGGUACCAUGCCGAACGGCCCGUCAAGGAGUCCACCGAUUUUCAGCUACUCUUCCAAGGUGAUCGCUGCUCGCUGGUGAUACGUGAGGCAUUUCAAGAAGAUGGUGGCGAGUAUCGUGUUGUCGCUAUUAAUAGCGCUGGUGAAGCUUCGAGCAAGUGUAAUCUAAUUGUAACACCACUGAACAUCGCGGAACCAGCCGUACGUCAACCGGCCGAACGGGUCCUGCCCGUGCUGGGAGCGCCACCCAAGUUCGAGCGGUUGCUAAGUGACAUCCUCGCCACGGAUGGAGAAAAGUGCCAGUUCGAGUGUGCCGUCAGUGGUGAUCCCAGGCCGAGUAUCAGGUGGUUCGUGAACAAUCGUGAAAUCGAAGAAAAUCCAAGGGUGCGAUCGGUGUACCGUGAGGACGGGGUUGUGAAGCUGAUCAUCGAACAGGUGUUCCCGGAGGAUAAGGGAGUGUAUACGGUGAAAGCCUUUAAUCCAUCCGGGGAAGCGAAGUGUUUCUCGAAUCUGAUCGUGAAGUCGGUUAAUGCGCCGGAGUUUGAAACCGUGCCGGCAUUCCUGAGCGAUAGUGUUGUGUGUCCGACGUUUAAGGAACUGUUUGCCGAUCGUACCGUGAAGCUGCACGACUCGACGAAGUUUGAGUGUAUAGUUGUGGGUAAACCGCAGCCAAAGAUUCGAUGGUUCUUCAACGAUAGGCCAGUGCAGGGACAUGAUUUUCUAGUGUCGACUAGUGGAGAUCGUCAGGUGCUGGCAAUUCCGGAGGUCGUGCCGGAGUUGGCUGGUAAGAUCACUUGUCUGGCCGAGAACGAAGCUGGUCACGCACAGUGUGUGGCGUUUAUCAAACUGGCGGAUGUGUUUGGAGCGGUACCCUUUCAACCGCAGACCAUGGCUGAAUCGAUGCUUCAGGUUGACAAUACUGGUUCGUCAACGGUGACGCUUCAGAAGCAGGUAACCACUUCAACCUCGUCCUAUUCCUCCUCGACGCUGGUCGAGAACGGAGUGUCCCAAUCCGAGGUCCACGCGCAAUCCGCUCAUUUGGAUCGCUCGUUCAAGAAAGUCGGUGAUAAACCUCCGGAAGUGUCGGAAUCGAAGCAGUUCUCGCAGUUCCAUCAAUCGAACGAUCUGCCGCCGUCGAUUCAGCAGGAAUCCUCGAUCAUUAAUAUCGCUAACAACAACACCUCCGAAAUGCACGAAACGAUCAUCGCUAAUUCGGGUCAGAUCAGCACCGGCAAGCCAGCUAGACGCAGUUCGGCACCCCGCUUCGUAUCGCCGUUCAAUGGCAAGAUCGUCGAUCAAGGAGCCGACGUGGUGUUCGAGGGAAUCAUCGACGGGUAUCCGACGCCCGAAGUGAGCGUUACGAAGAAUGACGCCCAGCUGCAGCCGGACGGAGAGCGUAUCAGUUUGUCCUAUUCGCUCAACAAGAUCGUACUCGAGCUGAAGAACGUAUCGACCAACGACGCAGGACGUUACACCGCUACGGCAUCGAACGCGGCCGGUGCCACAUCGACCACCGCCGAUCUGGUCGUCAAAAAGUCUAUAUUUCCACCGGUGUUCGGUAGACGCCUGCAGGCCCAGAGUGUCAACCGUGGUGAUCGAGUUAUCCUGAGCGCCGAAGUGACGGGAACUCCGGAACCGACCGUGUACUGGUUCAAGGAUAACCAACCCGUUCAGGACGCACUGCUUCCGGGAAGUUACGCCCUACAACAGGUUGGCCCUUGCUUCAAGCUGAUCUUCGAUCAGAUUGAUCUGGCUGACGCCGGGAAGUAUAUGGUACUGGCCAAGAACGGUGGCGGUGAAGCGCAGAGUAUUGCCGACAUUGCUGUGCUGGAUGCGGAACCUGUGCCACAGCUGCCGCAACAACAACAAUCGCAGAAACGUGUUUCCUUCGUGGACGUACAGCAGCCACCGCCCGAUGAACCGCGCGAAAGCAUUCCCGGUGAGUCGGGUUUCACUGCCCAUCAAGAGUUUUCAGCUGAAUCAAAGCUACAAGGUCCAUCCACAGAGUCCACGAUCGUAACCGAAACGCGUCGUACGACCGAGGCCACUAUGCGAAUGGAGCACAAGAUCAGUUUUCCCGAUCUGCCGGUUACAUUCUCACAGCGCACACAAACACCCACGAUUCCCCAGGUGUCCGAAGGAACGAUGGUACAGACUGACCUACAGACAAGCGCUACAAACACAGACCGGGUAGCGACACAAAUUCGAGCAACUCAAACACCAAUACCACUACAAAUGCAGCCUCCACCACAGCUGUGUAAGACUGAGGCCACACAAACUACCCCACAGGUGGAACCGAAACCGGUAGAAGAACUCAAAACCGAAACCAAGCGGAGUGCGUUCCAAUUCUUCGAGAAAAUCACCUCGAAUGGAACGUCUGAAUCUCCGGUAGCGCCUCCAGCGCCAAUACCAAAGCCCAAAUCAUUCAAACCACUUAAAACACCAGUUGCUAUCGAUCAGACACAUCAGUUGGUAGGUCCAGAAAGACUCAUCUAUCAAGCGUACUCUCCCGGUCAAGAUAUAAACAGCUAUCAGCCACCGGCAACUCAAACCUCAUUCGGUCCAUCCUUUGAACAGUCAUCAACAAGCGAAACAACGACCUCCAGUAGCUAUCAAACGACCAAAAAGGUCGAGUUCCUUCAGCCACGAGCUGUCACCAUACCGACUCCUCCGAUCUAUCACCAAGAACCGCAUCCUUCGAUAUCCGAAACGCCCCUCAUUCCGAAACACGACCCGACUCCUUCCCUCCGAAUUCCCAAGAUCGUAGCCCAAGAGGUACCCAUCAUUCGACCACAAGCAACCACCACACCACAUCCGGAGCGAGCACGUAGCUCGUCUCCUCGUCCAUCGGCGGAAGCCAUCGCAAUGGAGAGACUAUGGACCGCUCCAAAAACAUCCGGCUUCGUCACAUUACCACGCACCAAGUCAUCAACCACUUCUUCUACUGCUUCCACUACUGCUCGUAAACAAUCACUCGAGGAUAGUAAACGCUCAACGCCUAAAUCCGAAUUUCAGCCAGUGCAGAACAACUUCUGUAGCCAACAACAACAACAACAGCAGCUGAAUCAACAACAGCAGAUGUAUUCGUCGUUUUCUUCGACUCACCAGUUCCAGCAGUCGUCAAUGUCUCAGCAACAAUACUCGCAAUCGAUGCAAUAUCAACCGUUCAAACCGUCCGAACCAGCUCCGAUCCAAGCACCUCAACCAACUUUUGCCCCAGCCCCCGCACCAACUUUCGUUCCAGCGCCGCAACCUGUCCCAAUACCUAAAACCUUCGUUCCCGCACCAGCUCCCGUACAGGUCUUCGUACCAAAACCUCAACCUGCUCAACCACCCAAAACGUUCACCCCGGCACCAGCUUCCCAACCUUUCAAGCCUACACCGCAACAAUUUGCACCCGCUCCAGCACCUGUAGCACCAAAAUUCAAGCCAGCGCCAGCUCCCGAACCACCGGUCCAUCACUCCCUAGCUUCAGCUCCGUCUAACGUAACGUUCAUUUCUGGACCAUCCUACAAUCAAACCCCGCAGCCGUUCAAGCCACUCCCUCCACCUUCCAUCACGCCCAGCCAACAGCACUACUCCUCCACUCCGCUCGAUUUCCAACCGAUCCAGACGGCCGCCUUCGAUCCAAGUCCGCAGACCUUCGCUCCGACUCCGGCUCCCCAAACCUUCACUCCAGCCCCUGAACCAUACGCUCCAGCUCCUAUCCCACAAUCCUACGCUCCAGCUCUCGAACCCUUCCCGCCAACGGCAAUUCCUCACUACCAACCGGAGCCGCAACCGCCUCAGUUCACAGACUUUGCCCAGGAGCAACAGUACUACGAACAGCAGGAGGAAAUCUACAAGAAAAAAUCGGUCAAGGAAACGAAGCAACUGUUCGAGCAGUCGCUCAAGCAGCAGGACACCUACGAUCUGAAAGCCCCCCGUAUGAUCCAACAGAUGGCCUACUCGCCGGCGAAAGCACCCCUCACUCUACCGUCCGACUUUGGCUACACCCCGGCCGAAAUAGGACUCGAACCGGGACCGCAGCCGACGAUCGGUUACGCUCCGAAGCUGUCGUCGAACGAACGCAAGAGCUCCUACUAUCGUGAGAAGAUCGAACAGUCACUGUUCGAGAGCAUGGAUAAAGUGCCGGAACGUGUUCCGGCUGGCGGUGUCAAGAUUAUCCCGCCAAGCCCCCGCAAAAAGCCACCAGCGGGACAGUCGGAUACCGCCGGGAUCGCUCCUGGCUCGUUCGAGCAGCCAUCGGAAGCGGCGAAGAGUACGCCAACCGUUGGAGGCGCCAAGAGUCCCUUCACGGCGACCGAGAGUGAGUACGAGAGCGAUAUGGACGUGAGCAGGAAGAUGAACGGAGUUAGCGGCUAUUUGGCCGAUACGGAGGAGGUCCAGAAGACGGUUUCGUUCAGCGAGCAGAAGUUUGAGAGCUACAGUACCAGCAGCAGCACGAAGAUCGAGAGCGGAGGUUUGGUGAUUGGUUCAAGCGAGGUACAUGAUGAACAGAAGGCGGUGGAAUCGAAGGUUGAGGACGCAUCGGUUGCGGCAGCAUCGACCGUGACCAAUGAUGUCAGUGCCGAAGAUCAACAACCGCCUCAACAACAACAACAACAGUCAGAGCAGAAAGUAGUCACCGAAGAGACGAUCAAGGAAUCCCGAACGGUCGAAGAAGGAAUUAAGAACUUCCUCACCAACAACGACUUGCCGGAAGAUUUGCAACCUGUCAAGGUACUGCCAACGGAGGAGCCACUUCCAACGCUCAAGAAGGUACCAGUUCCAGCAGCCGUUCAACCAGAGCCACAACCAGAACCGGUCCCAGAACCUGCAGCACCCGAACCAACUCCAGCCGUUGAGCCAACACCGAUCUUCACCCCCUCUCAAGCUCCCCAACAAAAUGGUUAUCCUUCGGCGAGUGAUUACGAGAGUGACUUCGAGAAGAAGGCUACUACUCCUGUGUGGAAACCGACCCCAACCGGUCCAGCCGAUCUGGCUUACAAACCGGUCCAUCCGGUGUUCAACCCACCGAAACCACACGAAACUGGUCCGGCUGCUGCACCGCCAUCAGUAUUUGAUCCGAUCGAUAAAAUUAAACAAGCUCCCGUACUCAGCGAAACGCCCAAGAUCGAAAAACCAACGCCCAUCAGCUACUCCCAAAGUCAAAGCACUCAGCAGUCCUUCCAGCAACAGAAUAGUUCUUCCUUCAAAUCCUACCAACAGCAAAGUUAUCAACAACAAAGCUACCAACAGCAGAGCUAUCAAUCCUUCCCAUCGGUAGAACCAAAACCGGCACUAUACUACACCUCCGUCACCGGCGAACCAGUUCACAACACGAUCGCAACCGAAACCUCCAACACUCUGCACAUGAAGGAAAUGACAGAAUCAAGCAAUCGCGUCGUCAACAUGUCCCAAACUCAACGUGUCAUCAACCUGGAACCCGCCCCUCAGUACGCUAACCAACCACAGAAACAGGAUCAUCAACCGAUCACCAUCACACAGCGACCGGGUCGUUUCACUCCGGGAGAGUUCCGCGACAGUGAUCACGAAUUCGACGGAACGCGCAUCCGCCCGAUGUGGACGCCCAACCCGUCGGACAGUGACGAACCACACUACCGCAGCGUCAGACCCAACUUCAAACAAUCGCGAUCGGCCAGCGUCCCACGAUCAUCAGCUGAACGAAUCCAAACCCCCAUGGAGUUCGAUGUCGGUCCAGUACUGAUGCCGUCGAAAAUCGAUCUCAGCAGUCUGGUUCAACCCAUCCAAUCACAACAAACGCAACAACAACAAUCAUCCGAAUCGGUUCAAGUCCUGCAAACCCAAACCCUGAACCGUCAGUCCUCGUUCUCGGCGAAACGACUGGCAACUUCGCACGUGUCCAACCUGCGUGACGAUAUGGCUGUGAAAGCGCACCGAGUGGCCCCGAUCAACUACAUCCAGAAGGCAACCAACCAGGCGGAAAGUAUGUCACAAUCCUUCAAAACCAAGGCGUACCACUUUAGCAACGAGGUGAUGACCGACAUGCGGAAGACUCCGAUCAAACCGAUCCUGAAGAAUGCCUACGGUUAUCAGGUUCCGGUAGAACCCGCUGCUGCUGCUGCCGCAGCAGUUCCGACACCGGCUCCGCCGGCCAGCAACGCUCAGGCCUACCGAGAGGAAUCGAGGGUGUCCCAGUACGGCACCAAACACGUCGAUCCGGAUACCGGAAUCAUCUACUUCAAGUACGAUUUCGGGUACGAAUUCGGUAUAAUCUUCCCGGGCGAAGGUCACCGGAUCGCUGUUGGAGGCGGUAGCAGUAAAAAACAACAGCCGCUUGCCACCGGUAGCAGCAACCAGGAACAAAAACCAAAACAUCCCCUCUAUCUAAGCCCUGCUCCGUUCGGAUCGCACGGUGCUCACUCGCUGGAGGUUCCGGUACUACACGAACGUACCAAGGACUACUAUCGGAACUGUGCCAGUCCGACAGCACCGUUCCGCCGGUCGGCUUCCGUUCCGGCGACGGACUUGCAGGACAGCCGGUAUCAGCAGCGGUACAGCUACCCAACGGGAGCGGGAACCGGAACCGGUAGUGGACGGUCGACACCACGCGUCGAAAGUUUUAGGACUUCGUCCUCCUGUUGUACCACUCCAGAUCAAUCAGCUCAGGGAUACAAUCGUUCCACAACUAGCACACCGAGGCACCCGCAGGAUCCGGCCAUCGCCACCAAGCAACCGUUGUUCGUCGCUCCGCUGAAGGACAUCGCCGUCGUCAGUGGACAGCCGGCACGUUUCGAGUGCAUCGUAGCAUGCGAUGCUACACCAUCGAUUCGCUGGGCCAAGAACAAUGUGCCGAUCGACGAGAGCAGCCAGACGCACUACCCGGAGUACAGGAACGGUGUCUGCCGCCUGUCGCUUCCAGUUGCCUACGAGGGUGAUGCCGGUAAAUACUGCUGCGUGGCCGAGAACCAUCUGGGUCAGACGCAGACCGGCGCCGAUUUGACCGUCAUCAGCAGCAACUGGAGGGCAGCAUCUGCUGCGACGGAUUACUAAGGGGAUGGGACUUUGUUUUAGCAAUGCGCAGGAGAGCCUAGAGUAAGAGGCCAGUACUCUGGCUACAGGAGAUGUCAAGAAUACUCAAAUGUUUUAACCAAAGAAGGAGAGAAUGGGAUUCAAUUAACCAAUUCGAACAGAUAAAUUACUCAAAAAGUAGACUAACACAGAUGAAGGGAAUUAGAAAAAAAGAAAUCGACUCAUGCAUCAGCAAAGGCCAAAUUAACUAAUCUGAAAAAUGCCAAGCAGGGAGAAACGAAAGAAAAGAAUAAUAUGUUUGUUUUUAUUAUUUUAGUAGUAAGCUUUUUUCCUUAGGUAACCAUGCCGAUAUAAACAGAGAAAAGUAUCGUUUUUCGAAAACUACUUUUUCAUUUAUGUAAAGUGUUGCUUUUACUCGUUGUCUAUUUAGUGGUUCUAUUAUUAUUAUUUUGCUUAUUUGUUUACGAAAUGUAAAAAAAUACCUAGAAUAUUUAAUUCGAUUUGAACAUUUCUUGAAACAAUGUCUAUGAAAAAACAAAAUAAAAAAUUGUUUUUAAUCGAUUUUAUUUUACAGCAAUGGCAUUUCAACGCUAUUUGUUAUUGAAGCUCUUUCAAGCAAUCGUUUGGACAAAAUAUGAAAAAAUAAACAAAAAAAAACUAAAUUUGCCAACUCUGCGAAAAAUACCACAAUAAAAAAAUCGAAAUGAACAUUUAAAACCUCUCAACCGAAUAAAAAGUAAUGUUUAAAUAGUUUUGAAGUGAAAAUACGGAUAAACAUGUGAAAAUGCUCCAUUUUAUAUGCUAGUUAUAAUGAACAUACACAUACACACACACUCAUUUUAUUUAUUCUCCUAUCUGUAAUCAGCUUGUCCCUCUUCCCGCCCCACUCAUUCGACACCGACAUUUGGGAAUAAAGUGCAGCAGAUAUUAUUUUGUAAACAGAUUGAUUGAAUAAAUCGAAACUAUUUAAAUAAAGUAUAGCCACUGAGCGGAAUUGAAAGAAACUGUA